AUGCCACACGCGGUAUCUUCAGCCUCGCCUGGACUGCAGGCGUUGAUCCUCUGCGGUCCAGGGUCAUCCUUCCCCACCUUCACGGCGAAUCCAGAUGAGAACCCAAAAGCUCUGCUGCCCAUCGCAAACAGGCCUAUGGUCUGGUAUCCUCUCGAAUUUUGCUAUCGGGCUGGUAUCUCUGACAUAACACUCAUAUGCCCGCCGUCGGCCGAGAAGGCGAUAGCAUCGGCUCUCAGCCUGCACCCGGCGCUCACAAGUCUCCCCCUGCCACGGCCUGGGCUGUUGGCUCCCGAGGGACUGGAUCACAACACGGGCACGGCCAAUAUUCUUCGACUGCGCGAGGUCAGAGAUACGGUCAAGGGUGAUUUUCUGAUUCUUCCAUGCGACUUGGUGUGUGAGCUCGGCGGAGACCAGCUCCUCCAGGCCUGGAUGGUGCACUCGCAGACUCUGAGAGACCUGGUCGGCAACCACUACGGGCUGAUCAAGAACAGCCAAGGCGUGCAUAGUGGUGGCCUGGGCGUUUGGUAUCAGACAAAGACGGACACACCCAUCAAAGGCCUUGAGACCGAUUUCAUCGCCACGACGCCCCUGCCCACCUCGUCUGCCUCUGCCAAAGAAUCGCUAACCCCACACAUCUCAAGCCUGGUCUAUUCCAUGCCCACUGAUUCCUUGAAUGACCUGAUGGACGAGAAGAAGGGUUUUCCCCUGCGACACGGGCUCCUACGAUCACAUCCUCGCAUACAAAUGCGCAUGACUCAUCGAGACGCGCACAUCUACAUCUUCCCGCGCUGGGUCAUGGACUUUGUGCAGGAGAACGAGCGACUGGACAGCAUCGGCGAAGACGUGGUAGGCUGGUGGGCUAAGGCUGGCUGGCAGACAGGCCUCGCCCAAAAGCUAGGAUUUGACACCAUGUUCACCCCCGAAUCUGUCAAAAAGGACGAGACGAAUCUUGGGCACGACGACAGCAUGUCAUCAUCUGAUAUGACCCCGGACCCAGAUGAGUCCCGGGGUGGUGUAGCAAACGCACCUGCAACCUUGGAGCGGCCUGUCUCGACCUCCAACAACGUGCCACCGAUCUUCGCCUACGCCCACCCGUCCAUGCCUGAGGCUCCGCUCAUCCGCAGGGUCGAUACAGCGCAGCUGCUCCUUGCCACCUCGCUGCAGCUCGCCAAGCUGCCCUCCGCUGAAGAGGCUGGCGACUCGCCUUUUGCCCAUCCCCGCAAGGUCAUGUACCCAGAGGGCGUCAAGGGCCGCACAACCAUUACACGCCAGGAUAGCCUAGUGGGAGAGAACGUCACUGUCGACGAGAAGGUUGCAAUCAAGGAGACCGUGGUCGGCGCCAACUGUCAGAUCAAGGAGGGUGCCAAACUCUCACAAUGCCUACUCAUGGAUGGUGUAGUGGUGGGCAAGAACUGCAAGCUGACGCGUUGCAUCCUUGGCAAGAGGAGCGAGAUUGGGGACAAUUGCACACUGACGGACUGCGAAGUACAGGAGAACCUCCUGGUAGAGCCCAAGAGCGAGGAGAAGGGCGCCAAGCUGAUGAGCAGCUCGGGCUUGGAGGCGACUGAGGAGGAGAUGCAGGAGGUCUACCAGGAGUUUGGGGGUGAUGAACAGACACAAGAUGACGACAUAGCCGUAUUGUGA